UGGGACUACCAGAGACCUGUGCGGAUCAUUCAAUAAUGCCCAUUCCAGGAGAGGAAAAUCAGCAUAUCAUUAACCGUAUUAAUACUGGUGCAUCCUCAGCAGCUGUUUUGCUGUAGUAAAUCAGUUUAACCAGCAGGAAUGCCAGGACAUUCCAGGUAUUUCCAGCAAGCACUAAACUCGUGCGUCUGUGGGUCAGAUCAGGUGGGGGCAGCUUCUUGGUUUCCAGUUGUUGGGGGCGUUAAGCUCUCAGGCAUAAUGCCUUGCUUUUAGCUUAAUGGCGGAAACUCUUGGGAAGUUGCUUGUGUCUCACAGGAUGUUGUUAUCUCAGAGUAUCUGUCUUUGUAGCUAUGCCCAUAGCUGGCUGUGUGGUGACAGUCUGUAUUGUACAUGGGAGCGCAAACUACAGCCUUCCGAGGCACUUGAAGUGGGCAGAAAAGAUGAUUGUGAAGUAAGUGGAGUAAGUUUUGCACCAUUCCUGUCCUUGACUUUGAUCAGCGCUGUUUUGUUUUGUUUUGUUUUGUUUUUAAACAUCAUCCUUCCUAGGAAAAGCGAAAACUCAGGCAGUAAUUCCGUCGGGGUAUAUAUCUUUCCACUCCCCAGUAAAACAUUGGUCUAGUAAAUGUGUGAAACACAAGCUCUGAGUUUCCUGGACCACGUCAACACAGAUGGGAGCAAUCCGGGGACGGGCCUGUCAGCUUUCACUCUGCACAGGAAGGCACACCGGAGAGGAGAACUCAUUGAUGGUGCUUUCCCAAAAAAGAUCUGCACGUCUGUUUAAAUGCUUCACGUAAACUGAGAUGCCGUAUCAAGAGCUAUAGCUGGGUUGCUGCUGGAGGGGCACGCAGAAUGGCUAGAUUGAAGGUUUCCAUCCACAGAACAGGCACCAUCCAGUAGGCUGCAAAGGCCCUAGGGGGGCGUGUCGACAGUACAGGCCACCCGCACCUGGGAGGACAGGCAAGCAGAGGUGGGCCAGCAGGGAACAUACAAGCUGCCCAUGCCGACCGUGUAUGAAGCUGGGAAGCAGUACACGGGACCUGAGUCCACAGAGAGACCCCUUUCGAUGUCCCGGCAUGAGACCUCUCCGACGACGGUGCAGCCGGCUGGCAACGGCCGCCCCAACGCCUGCUGCUUCUGCUGGUGCUGCUGCUGCAGCUGCUCGUGGAACGAAGAUCGGGAGCGAGCGUGGCGGGCGUCCCGAGACACCAAACUGGAGACCAUUCCAAACUGUGAAGCUUGCCUCAAGCCAACUCCCGACGAAGUGCAGGGCUGGGCCCAGUCAUUCGACAAGCUGAUGAAGAACCCAGCGGGCAGGAACGUGUUCCGGGAAUUCUUACGGACUGAGUACAGCGAGGAGAACAUGCUCUUUUGGUUAGCAUGUGAGGAACUCAAAAACGAGUGCAACAAGCACACCAUCGACGAGAAGGCCAGGAUGAUCUACGAGGACUACAUCUCCAUCCUCUCGCCCAAGGAGGUGAGCCUGGAUUCCCGGGUGCGCGAAGUCAUCAACAAGAAGAUGCAGGAGCCCUCGACGCACACCUUCGACGACGCGCAGCUACAGAUCUACACCCUCAUGCACAGAGACUCCUAUCCCCGCUUCCUGAACUCUGCCAUAUACAAGGCACUGCUGCAGAGCAUCUCGCGGUCGUCCUCGGAGUCCUAAGCGCCUGCCAGCCUCGGCCCGUGGCAAUGCCACAAACAGUUCUUUUUGUACACCGGUGUCGGGGGCGAUCCCCGAGCUCUGGCUCUGUCUGGGGCAGGUGGGAAGGCCUCUGGGGCCAGGGGGCUGGAGCUCCCGCUCCGCUCACACCCCCGCCCGCCACCAUCCACCUCCACUUCUUAGCUUUAGCAAUGAGCGUCAGCCAGGUUCCCCGGCCACUGGAAAACACUGUCACCCCUCAGCCCUGCACCAUGUCCCCCCUGCUGCUCCCCCACCGCCGCCGGUGCCCCCUGUGGGCGCUGCUGAAUCAGACCGGGCUGGCGCUGCCGUUCGAUCGUCACACUCAGGCCUCUCUUACUACUGAACCCCGUCGUCGUCGGGAGCAAGUGAGGGGGGUGGAGAUUGCUGGGGGGAAGGGGAGCCCCACGUGGCUGGACUUUGCUCCCCCCCCCUUUUGAAGAGGUCACUUUAUCCCCUCUCUGCUGCGCCUAGGGUCACAGCCGGGUCCUGUCUCUCUGCCUCCCAGCAGUCUUUCUGACGUUUUUAUUUUAAAUGCUUUUUGUUGGCUUGGGGGGGGGGAUUUCACAAAGCUUGCGCAUCCGUGUAAACACAGCCCAGGGUCAGGGUUACAUUGCCCUGCCUGUUAAACAUCCCGAGGGUUCGACCGGGGCCAGGCCCUCUGUUUGCAGCCAUUCGAUAUUAGCACCUGAAUCAGCCUGCAGGAACCAGAGCUGGCAGCCUCCUGUCAGCACACUGGGCAGGGAGUGUCCUGAGAGGGAGCAGGGGCUCUGCGCCCCUCCCGGUCUCCCUCCCCCCGACCUAGUCGUGUUCAUGACUUGUUCCUGGGUAGGGUGACCAGAAAGCAAGUGUGAAAAAUCAGGAUAGGGGAUGGGGGGGGGUGUCAUAGGAGCCUAUAUAAGAAAAAGACCCCAAAAUCGGGACUAUCCUUAUAAAAUCGGGACAUCUGGUCACCCUAUUCCUGAGGCUGCCACCAGGCCCUGAGAGCAGAGCAGGCCACCUGGCUCCUGCCCCACCAAGCCGCCUCCUGAGGUCACAACCCAACGUGGUGGUUCCCAGCCGGCGGGGGCGCCUCGUUUUCAGCCCCUGCUGGAAACCAGGGCUUGCCUGCCUGUGGGCCGGGGCUCAGGGCAGCUCGGGAGCCUGGGGAAAUGGCCCUGUGGAAUGUCGGCUCAGUCUUUGCAGAACAAAAUGUCCGAGGUUUGAAGUUUUUCUGGAAAUUUUAAAAUGUUGAUUUCCCCCCCCACACCCCAUUCAGAACAAACUUUUUUUUUUUUAAUUUUGUAUUUUCCCGGGGCACGGGAAUUGCAGGAGCCGAGUGGCUCUAUUGGGGAUACGGAAAAUGAUGUGGGGAAGCCCCACCCCUUUUCCUCUCAUCCCCCGGGGGCCUGGGCUCAAGCUACAGGAGGAGAACGGUGCACUGCGAAGGGGGGGUGGGGGGGUGUAAAGGAGAUGAGGAGUGGACAGGAGGGAGCUGAGAUGUCCUAGCCCCAAAGAAGCCAGCACAGCUUACUAGGUUCAACUGGCUUCUCCUUUGGGCUUGGAUCUCUUCUCCCUCCCUUCUCCUCCCGCCAUCCUGGCUCUGCGUGGCCCCUCUGCUUCCUGGCUCAGAGGGCCUGAGGCAGGCGAGGGGGAAAGGGGAAGAGAAAUGCAGCGCUGUGUAGAAGCGAGACGCACAGGCAGCUCCCUCGGGACACUGGACAAGCCGGGCCUGGGGCACGUGCACUGAUCUUGCCAGCAGAGGCUGUCGGUGUUUGGGGCAGUGGCCAGAGAACAGCUUUGUGUCCCUGGGCCCAAAAGAGCCUGUCUGGGGGAAGCUGUUGUCUCCUCCAUAGGCUCCUUCAAGGCUGGCCCUAGAGUUCCAGGCUGUCUCCAGGGCACGCGGUACUGAGCUUGGGCGGCAAGGGUGAGCAAUGGGUAAACAAGAGGGAAGAAGACCACUGUGCCUUGGAGACCUAGCCUGAAGAGCUUGGGUGCCAUCUCAGCUGUGGCCCAUCGCGUGAUCAUGGAAGACGCAGAUGGAAACAUCACCUGAGGGGUGGGGAUCUGGCUGCAGCCCGCUGUUCCAGCAUCAUCCCAGCUCUCCACUGGUCAGGGCCAGAUAUUUCCAAGGGCAAAAAGCAGCCGGAGAGUCUUUAUACAACAUAAAGGAGCAGCCAGCAGGGCAAACACAGUUCAUGCCCCACAAGAGAUGGCUGCUUGUAGGGGACUCUGCCAACAUCUGUUCCUCGCUCUAGUUGCCCUCCUCUCUGAGACACCCAUCCCCCUGACCCAGGGGCCAUUCGCUUCUCGGCUCAUGUGGUUGAUUUCUCAUGAAACGAUUGAUUUUAGGGCUCAUGAAAGCACUGGCUGGGGUUGAUGCUUAGUGAGACCGCCCCAGUGUGAGCAUCCUCCAGGUAGCUUUGCCAGUGCACUUUGCUCCCCUCCCCAGCAUCAGCCGCUGUGUGGGGCCUUUCUCAUGGGAACCACUGCAAGUGUCACGGUGGAGCUGUGAGGCGGCCAAGUCCUCGAAGGAUGAGGCUGCAUGUUGUCGCUGCUGUUUGUCUCCUGAUCCAGAUUCAAACAGAUCUGAGGCCUUGGUCUGCAGUUCUACCCAUGCCCUGUGCCAGGGCUCGGGGAUACAUUUCUCUUCUUGCCUUAUGCAGUCCCUGGGCCCGGAGCAGAGCCAGCUGUAAAGAAUGAGACACGGGGUCUAGUAGGUAUCUGGUAGCCAGGCAUCCCCACCGUAUCCACUCCACUCCGUUUCCCUGGGCCACUUCCAAACCAACAGCAGUUCCUGAUGCUGCACCUUACUGCCUCUGAACGUGCUCUUGCAGCUGUAUGCCAGGAGCCUGGCUACGUGAUCCAUGCUGCAAAUCAGAGGUCACUGCAGUGAAAUCCAAUCUCUGCCCUGCCCUGCCCUGGGGAAUCACGGGUCUGGAUUGAACACCAGACAGAACAAACAAACCGAUCCACCUCUUUGGAUGCUCCCUUGGAUUAAUUUGUAAGGAAACUUGCAGGCAUCCCUUAUGAAAAGAUACUCCAGUACGCUGGCCCCAUGCACACCUUGGGCCUGGACUGAACAGCAGCGUAUCUUUGUAAAUAAAGGGAUUUCCUUCCAGAGAGGAAUGAUUCAGUGUUGCGUGUACAACAGCGAUCUUUCUCCAGGGGGCUGCUUGCUUGGGAUGGGCAAUGCCUUUGGUGGAGCGUAUAUCUGUAUAUUUUUGUAACGCAUGAGGAAUGGUGUGUUUGAGCUGCCAGCUGUGGCUCCCAUAUUUAGAAUAGUGUGCCGACAGCCCUUGCCCCUCAGUAGGAAAUGAACCAGACACCACGCCACAGCCAGCUGUGUAGCCCCCCACACACACACACCCCCGGCUUUUGUAUCUUCAGAUCAUUUUGAAACUCUGUGUCCCAGUGUAAAAGGAUGCUGAUUAGUCUUGACUGUCUGUAUGUUUGACCAAAAACAGCCCACGGUUUUAAUAUUUAUCCCCCCACCCUCC